UUUAACUGGCAGCUCUGGUCACAAUGCACGAGGUCCAAUGUGCCCAGUGUGGCCUUUCACUUGCCACUCCGACAUUACCACUGGGAAUACUAACACGGAUGUCAGGGCCCUCCAAGGACAGAAAUGAGCUCCAGAUUCCAACCCCUUGGUUGGCUUUGCAGUUCCUGCCCGGCAGAGACAGAGGACCGUGGCUGCCCUGACCCUGCUCUGCUGAGCUCCCCGCUCUGCACCACCAUCCUGGGCAAUGGUGAUGGGACAGGAGAAGCCAGAGCAGGAAUGCUGGCAGCGACCAGACAGAGGGCACUCAACAAAUCACAGCACAGCCACUGCAGAAAAACACCUGCUUUGGUUGUGGCUCCCGGCACAGCUCUUCCCAUUCAAAUCUCCAAGGCUGACACUAAUACCAGGGAAGAGAAUACGCGGCACAUUUGCAUUCCUGCACCUGCCCCACUCGCAGCAGGAGCAGCGCCAACAGCCCCUCCACCACCGCCCCUAUAAAGCUCCCGUUUCCAUACGUGCCAUUCAGGAACAGCAGCUGCCAACCUGCACCAAGCCCUGGGGCAAGAGCUGACUUUUCCGGCACAGCACCGCUCCCCAUCUUGGAGGAUGGAAGCCUCUAACCCUCAGGUUAAAUCCAAUGUCACUUCACACAACGCCAUGGCUGUGGUCAUCAUCUCUCUUCAGGCAUUUGCUGGCCUGUGGAUAAACGCUUUCAUUGUUUCUGUGCUUUGCGUUGCUUUGGUGAAAAAGAAAACCUUUAACUCUAAUGAGAAGAUCUUGCUGUUUCUGGGAUGCUCCAGGUUUUGGUAUUUUUGUGUUCUAUUUAUGGGCACAUUUGUUUUAACAAUUUAUCCCUGGAUCUACUACAUUCACCCCAUACCACAGCUCGACAAUGCUAUUCAAAGCUUUUUCACUUUUUCCAACUUAUGGGCUUCUUCCUCUCUUUCAGUCUUUUAUUGUAUAAAAAUUGCAAACUUCCAACACAGCUUCUUCACCUUCCUGAAAGCCAAAAUUGACAGGAUCGUGCCAUGGCUGUUGAUGGCCUCAGCGCUUUUAUCUCUGAUCAUCUCCAUCUUUGCCUACAAGUUCACUGAUGAAAUGCACUGCAACAACACCAACGCCACCAGCGUAGAGAAUUACCGGGGACUCAGUGUCAAAUUGGAUAGACAUUUUUUACGCAUUUUUUUCAUCUCCGGCUUUGGAUUUGCCACGGCAUUCCUGGUAGUCCUCUUCUCUGCCCUUCUCCUCCUCUUUUCUCUCUGGAGACACAAACGCAGAAUGCAGGCAAACUCAGUGAGAAAUGUCAGCAUGGACGCCCAUAUCAAAGCCAUGAAGUCUGUUCUGUCCUUCCUCUUCCUGUACACCAUUAACUUCAUAUGUUUGACCUUGUCAUUAGUUUAUGGCAUGAAGCAGAACCAUGAAAUAUUACUAAUUAUAGUGUUUCUGAACAAUUUUCCAGCUGUUCAUUCCCUUCUUCUGAUUUUCAGCAAUCCCAAACUGGAAAGGACACUGUUAAGGAUUCUGCUCUGGGUGAAGUGCAAGGUUUGUGGGAGGUAGGAACUGUAAGAACAACUGGGGGCCGCUAAAAAUGUGUACAUUUUAUUAUACAAAACUCGUAAAUUAAUACCUAACGCAAGUCUCUUGUCAGUAGAGAUAAUAGAGGUGAUCUACGUUCAGUGACUAAGAUAAGAAAACUUCAUUAAAGUCUUCUUAUUAUCAGUUGUAGAAAUCAGUAUGGUCAUGUGAUUAAGAGAAUUCUUAGAGUUAAGUUGUUGUCAAUAAUGAACUAAUUCAGAUCUGGUUCAUGAGCUCAAUGCAAAAGAGGAAUAGUGAUUCUCCAGAACUUCUGAACCUGCUUUGGUGUUUGCUGAUCAAAACCACUUUGCUAAACAACAUGGCUGUACCUCUUUUAGUUCACGUUUCUUUCUGUUGUGGUCAUGUGCUCUGCAACAUCAGUCACUGUAUCCCCACCUUGCUCUGCUUCAUCAUUCCGGUGGGAAUCUGUCACUCAUUCACCGGAGGUGGUCACUGAAUUAUGAACAGCAACACGGAAAUGGCCUCGGGUGGACAACUCGGGGUGAGACCCCACUCCCCACCCGGCCUUACGUGUCCUCCCUCUGCCCCACUUCACUGAAAAACAACUGUGUGCAACUGCCAACUCAGCCCAGGAGUGAUUUUGGUACUUCCUCUGGGAAAAGAUGGUCAAGAAAGAGCAAAGUUACUGCCGGGCAACAAGAAGGGAUGAAAACUGUGAGAAACAGUCCUGCAACAAAGAGAAUCAGAGAAGGCAGAGGAGGAGAUGAUCCAGAUGGUGGUACAGGAAAACAAUUGUAGCCAAUGGAGAAGACCUUGGUUGAGCAGAUAUCCUCACUGCAGCCUGUAGAGAACCCCACGCCAGAGCAGGAAGACAGGACCUGAAGGACGAGACGCCACACCAGAGCAGGCUUCCCCUGAUGGAUUGU